ACUCUUUCCUCUCUCUCCUUUCCCUUUUAAAAAACCACAUCUUUGAAAGCCCUCUCCUCUUUCGCUUUUACUCUCUCUCUCUCUCUCCUUCCCAAAAGCAACAAGGAAACAAACGACAAGGAGAGAGAGAUACCAAAAAAUCCCUCUCAGAUCUCUCUCUCUUUUGAAAACCCCAAAUUUUGAGUUUUCAAAAAUGAGCCAGAAAUCACUGAUCUACGCAUUUGUUUCUCGAGGAACUGUGAUUCUUGCUGACUAUACUGAGUUCAGUGGGAAUUUCAAUUCCAUAGCUUUUCAAUGUCUCCAGAAACUUCCUGCUACUAACAACAAGUUUACUUACAACUGUGAUGGCCACACUUUCAAUUACCUCGUUGACAAUGGCUUUACUUAUUGUGUGGUUGCAGCUGAAUCGGCUGGAAGACAAGUACCUAUAGCUUUUCUGGAGCGUGUUAAGGAUGAUUUUGUGACAAAAUAUGGCGGUGGAAAGGCUGCCACAGCCCAGGCCAACGGUCUUAACAAGGAAUUUGGGCCAAAAUUGAAGGAACAUAUGCAAUAUUGUGCUGAUCAUCCUGAAGAGAUAAGCAAGCUUGCCAAAGUGAAAGCUCAGGUCUCUGAAGUUAAGGGUGUCAUGAUGGAGAACAUUGAGAAGGUUUUGGAUAGGGGGGAGAAAAUAGAACUUCUUGUGGACAAGACUGAGAACCUUCAUCAACAGGCACAAGACUUCCGCAGUCAAGGGACACAAAUCCGGAGAAAAAUGUGGCUGCAGAACAUGAAGGUUAAGCUGAUUGUAUUGGGUAUACUGAUUGUCUUGAUCCUCAUCAUAGUCCUCUCUAUUUGCAAAGGCUUCAACUGCUGAGAGUGAGAGAUGUUUUUGAAGGCUUGAUAAUACUGUUUCUAGAGCUUUUGCGAGUUACAAAAGCAAAUACCGAAUAUAUUGUUAUGACUGUGUGUAGCAGCAACUAGUGAUUUCUUUGAUAUAUCGUCCAAGAACUUUAUUUUUGAACGUGAAUGAAACCCUAUAUGUUAUUUGUCA